AUGGCUAAUCCAAUUACACAUUGUCUUGAUCGUCUUAACUUGGGAGAUAACACUAAAGUCAAACAAAGAGCAGAGGAAUUUCUUGGACAACUUUCGAAUAUUCCAAACAAAAUAUUUGAUAAAGGACCUUAUCUCAAAGCCGUUAUUUGCAUUCAGCUUGCUUAUGAAAGUUUAAAAAAUUAUGAUUGGGACGCUAAAAUUGCCUCUCAACUUGCAGGCUGUGCUCUCUCCGCGUACGAACAAGCUCUCAGUAUAACACGAAAACAAUUAAACCUACAAACCAAAGUCACGCUAGACAUGCUGGCUGUAGCUCUAGGUUCAACCACCAUGUUGAGCCAAGCUAACAUCUUAUGGGAAGCCUUUUUAACUAAAUACCUGGGCAAGUUAAGUGGAGCGAAGAAAGUCAAUGCACAAGCCGAAAUUGAACAAUCGUGUUGGAAAGGAGCCAUCAUGUAUACAUGUGCAAAAGCCUUUGGUGUGAGUAUGACGAGGUUACAAAGAGUACUUAAAAGCUAA